AUGGAUGAUAUUAUCUGUAUGGGGUCGUCUCUGGAGAUGUUGAUAGACUUUAAAGAAACUGUAAUGAUAAAGUUUGAAAUGUCUGAUCUUGGACUUCUUAAAUAUUUCUUAGGCUUAGAAGUGAAGCAAGGCAAGGAUUUCAUCUUUGUGUCUCAAAGGAAAUAUGCUGAGAAUUUUCCACGCACGGCUAACAUGCUUGAAUGCAAAAUUGAACAAAGUCCCAUGAAUCUUAAUGAAAAACUUAGCCUUGAUGAUGGUUCUGGAGAAACAGAUGCUGAUAAGAAUAGGAAGCUUGUGGGAAGUCUACCAUACCUCACACACACUCGUCCAGACCUCAUGUACACUAUCUCAGUUGUAGUCCAGUAUAUGCAUUGUUCCUCAAUGCACCACCUCGGUGCAGUGAAGCGUAUUAUGUACCACAUUACUGUUAUUAUAAACUUCAGGCUGUUAUAUAAGUGUACUGAUAAUUUGAAACAAGAAGGCUAUAUGGACAGUGAUUGGGAUGGGUCUAUUGAUGAUAAAAAAAGCACAACUUCCUGGGUGUUUAACCUUGGCUCGACUGCUACUGUAUGGUGUUGA